AUGUCGUUCUCCGGUCGCCGUUUGAGCAUUCUGCGCCCGUCGAAUCGUCGCUUUUCCAUUGGCAAGGAAUUGUCCGAGAAUGAACUGCGAUCCGAAACCCAUCGUCAAUUCCGAACCGCGCACGAAGGUCACCGCCCGCAUGCCGGUCUAGACGCCUCUCGUGCCUCAACCGGUGUCGUCUGGUGUACGGAACGCGCCACCGAACAUGGUUAUGCGGAGGACCCGUCCUCCUGGGCCAAUCUCGGCCAGGGUGCUCCUGAAGCCGACGACGAGAUCGAGGGCAGUUUCCCUCGUCCCACCUCCAUCCCCAUCACCUCCGCCGCCCGCGAGUAUGGUCCCACGGCCGGUAUCAAACCCCUCCGUGCCGCCGUCGCUCGUCUGUACAACGAACACUACCGUCAGGGCAAGCAGAGCCAGUAUACCUGGGAAAACGUCUGCAUUGUGCCCGGUGGUCGGGCUGGUCUGAUUCGGAUCGCCGCCAUUCUGGGCAAUUCGUACCUGUCCUUCCCCAUCCCCGACUACUCUGCAUACUCGGAGAUGUUGACUCUGUUCAAGAACAUUGCUCCCAUCCCUAUGCCUCUUGCGCAAGACGACCACUACCAUAUUCAUCCCGAUAAGAUCGCCGAGGAGAUCGCCCGUGGUACCUCCGUCCUGCUGACUUCCAACCCCCGUAACCCCACGGGACACACCCUGUCCAACGAGGAAUUGAUCCGCAUUCAAGACAUCUGCCGUGACCGCGCGACCCUGAUCCUGGAUGAGUUCUACGGCGGCUACAACUACACCACCGACUGCGAUGGCUCGACCAUUAGCGGUGCUUCUAACGUGGAGGAUGUGAACAAAGAUGAUGUGCUCUUGAUUGACGGCCUGACCAAGCGCUUCCGUCUUCCCGGCUGGCGUAUCGCCUGGGUGGUCGGACCCAAGGAAUUCAUCGAUGCCCUGGGUUCCGCCGGUUCGUACCUCGACGGUGGUGCCAACGCGCCGUUCCAGGAGGCCGCCGUCCCCAUGCUGGAGCCGUCGCUGGUGCGCGCAGAGAUGAAGGCGCUGCAGCAGCACUUCCGCGAGAAGCGCGACUAUGUGCUGAAGCGGCUGCACGAGAUCGGAUUCCGGGUCAAGGAUGUGCCCCAGGCCACGUUCUACAUCUGGCUGGACCUGACCUCGCUGGAACCCCCUCUUCCUCCGAAGGCCAACAUCUCGGACGGGCUGAACUUCUUCAAUGCCCUUCUCCGCGAGAAGGUCAUUGUGGUGCCGGGUAUCUUCUUCGACCUGAACCCCGCCAAGAGACGUGACCUGUUCGACAGUCCUUGCCACCACUUCGUCCGUCUCAGCUACGGACCCAAGAUGGAUGUCCUGAAGAAGGGUCUGGAUGGAAUUGAGAACGUGGUGCGUCGCGCGCGCGAGGAGUUUGCGGUCGACGAGGUGGCUGUGGAUGAUUGA